CUGCUCUCUCUCUCAUCAGUGUUACUGAUACUGUUCUCUCUCUCUCUAUGAAAGGGAAACUUUCCUUUUCAAGGGUUCCAAGGUCUCUAUGAUGCCAAAAGAGGGCCUUUCCUUUGCUUUGGUGAAGCUUGCAUAAGUUUCAGGAGAAAAUUAUUGUGAUUUCUCCCGCUAUUUGAGUUGCAAUGGUGUUUGUGUUCCAUUUUGAUGGUACUGGGAAGUUGUGAAGUGACACUAAAGCACAGAGAGUGCUCCUGCUGAGCACCCAAAUUUUGUACCCACCACUCUGUGUGUGUCUGUGUGUGUGUGUGUGAGAGAGAGAGAGAGAGAGAGAGAGAGAGAGAGCUCUGGGAAUUCACUAUGGCAUCUAGAUCGUAUUCGAACCUCCUAGACCUCACAUCAGGCAAUUCUCCUAGCUUCAAUCGAGUUGGAAAGAGGCUUCCGAGAGUUAUGACAGUAGCUGGACUUCUCUCUGAAAUAGAUGAUGAAGGCUCAAACAGUGUGGGCUCUGAGGGCCCCUCUUCCAUCUGUCAAGAAAGAAUCAUCAUCGUAGGAAACCAACUUCCCCUUCGAGCUCAUAGGAGACCGAACCAGAGUAGUUGGGAUUUCAGUUGGGAUGAAGACUCUCUCCUCCUUCAAUUAAGGGAUGGCCUUGGAGAAGAGAAGGAAUUUAUGUACAUAGGGUGCCUCAAAGAAGAGAUUGACCCAUCUGAGCAAGAUGAAGUCUCUCAAAUCUUGUUAGAGAGAUUCAAAUGUGUGCCCACGUUUCUCUCUCCUGAACUCUUUACCAAAUUCUACCAUGGAUUUUGUAAACAACAGCUAUGGCCCCUUUUUCACUACAUGUUACCUCUCUCUCCUGAUCUUGGCGGUCGAUUUGAUCGAUCGCUAUGGCAAGCCUAUGUCUCUGUAAAUAAAAUUUUUGCAGACAAAGUUCGAGAAGUUAUAAAUCCAGAAGAUGACUAUGUUUGGGUCCAUGAUUAUCAUUUAAUGGUUCUCCCCACCUUCUUGAGAAAGAGAUUUAAUCGAAUUAAACUUGGGUUUUUUCUGCAUAGUCCGUUCCCUUCUUCUGAAAUCUAUCGAACUCUACCUGUUAGAGAUGAUAUCCUAAAAGCUCUCCUAAACUCCGAUCUUAUUGGGUUCCACACCUUUGAUUAUGCGAGACAUUUUCUCUCUUGCUGUAGUAGAAUGCUUGGGAUUGGAUAUGAAUCAAAGAGAGGCUAUAUUGGCUUAGAAUACUUUGGAAGAACAGUAAGUAUUAAAAUAUUACCAGUUGGGAUCCAUAUCGGGCAGCUUCGUUCCGUUUUGAACUUGCCCGAAACGGAGCACAAAGUUGCAGAGCUCAUGGAUCAGUUCAAGAACCAGAUUGUAAUGCUUGGGGUUGAUGACAUGGACAUAUUCAAAGGCAUAAGCUUGAAGCUUUUGGCCAUGGAGCAACUUCUUUUGCAACACCCUGAGCUUAGAGAGAAGGUGGUUUUGGUUCAAAUAGCAAACCCUGCUAGAGGGAGAGGAAAAGAUGUCCAAGAGGUUCAAUCUGAGACCUAUACCACAGCUAAGAGAAUCAAUGAAAUGUUUGGAAGACCAGGUUACAAGCCUGUGAUUUUGAUUGAAAACCCACUUCAAUUCUAUGAAAGGAUUGCAUAUUAUGUGAUUGCAGAGUGUUGUUUGGUAACUGCAGUGAGGGAUGGGAUGAAUCUGAUCCCUUAUGAGUACAUAAUUUGUAGAGAGAGCAAUGAUAAGCUCGAUGAGACUCUCGGUCUUUCUAAUUUACCCAAGAAGAGCAUGCUGGUUGUUUCCGAGUUUAUUGGGUGCUCCCCUUCUCUCAGUGGAGCAAUUAGAGUGAACCCAUGGAACAUAGAUGCAGUCGCAGAGGCCAUGGACUCUGCAAUAGUGCUCGCUGAACCAGAGAAGCAACUUAGACAUGAGAAACACUAUCGAUAUGUGAGUACCCAUGAUGUGGGGUAUUGGUCCCAAAGCUUUUUGCAAGAUUUAGAGAGAAGUUGUAGAGACCACAUAAGAAGAAGGUUUUGGGGGAUUGGGUUUGGGCUUGGCUUUAGAGUUAUAGCUCUUGAUCCAAACUUUAGGAAGCUCUCAGGGGAGCAUCUAGUUUCUUCAUAUAAGAGGACAAAUUGUAGAGCUAUUCUUUUGGAUUAUGAUGGGACCAUGAUGCCUCAGGCCUCCAUUAGCAAGACACCAACUGCUGAGACCAUUGAGAUACUGAAUGGUUUGUGCAGAGAUCCGAAGAAUGUGGUGUUUUUGGUGAGUGGAAGAGAUAAGGGGACUCUGAGUGAGUGGUUUGCUCCCUGUGAGGGACUGGGGAUUGCUGCCGAGCAUGGCUUCUUUUUAAGGUUAAAGUGCGAUGCAGAAUGGGAGACAUGUGCAUCCGCAACAGACUUCGAGUGGAAGACGAUAGCAGAGCCAGUCAUGCAAUUGUACACCGAAACCACCGAUGGCUCAACAAUUGAAACCAAAGAGAGUGCGCUUGUGUGGCACUACCAAUAUGCUGAUCCUGACUUUGGUUCUUGCCAAGCUAAGGAGCUGCUUGACCAUCUCGAAAGCGUGCUAACCAAUGAACCAGUCUCUGUUAAAAGUGGCCAACACAUCGUAGAAGUUAAGCCUCAGGGAGUGAACAAGGGUCUUGUGGCCGACCGCCUUCUCUUAACAAUGCUUCAGAAAGGCAUGCUCCCCGAUUUUGUUCUAUGCAUAGGAGACGACAGAUCUGAUGAGGAUAUGUUCGGGGUCAUCACGAAUGCAAUGUCAGGACCUUCUCUUUCACCUGUUGCAGAAGUGUUUGCAUGCACGGUGGGCAAAAAACCCAGCAAAGCCAAGUAUUAUUUGGAUGAUACUACUGAUAUUAUCAGAAUGCUGAAAGGCUUGACCUCAGCAUCUGACCAAGCUUCAAGGAUUGACAACUUCUCAUAACAACAGAAAAUCGGCAUAAACGUUUGUGUUUUGAUCUUCAUCGUAAGUAAGUGGCAAUUUUCUUUAUUUUCUUUUAAAUUUUGAUCGUGUUGAGUUAGUUUAUCAGUAGUAUGUAGUAUGAAACUGUGAAUGUGUGAUUACGUGAAGGAUGAAAGUCGCGAUGCAGUAAUUGACUAAUUAUUCUGGUGGGAA